AUGCUGUGGCACAUUUGUUGGCUCGCCCUGGCUGCACCUGCCACUGUCAUCACAGUUUAUGUGGUGUGUGCCCUUACAUACACCCAGAUUCGAUGGCACCAAUGGCUCCGUGAUGUGCCAGGUCCAGCACGCGAAACAUGGCUUAUGGGCAACUUGCGCACGUUCAUGUACCGCGACAUCGGUGCCGUAUGCCGUGCGUGGACACAGACGUUUGGAGGCGCCGUGCGGUUCUGGGGCACCUUUGGCGAGCCUAGACUUAUGUUGAUGGAUCCUGUUGCAUUUGACUAUGUGUUCCGCAAGCGCGCUUAUGCUUUUCCCAAGAUGCGCAUAUCGCAGCGCCUCAUUGCCAGCUUUAUGGGGAACGGACUAAUUGUGUCAGAAGGCAUGGAUCAUCGCCGCCAAAGACGCGCUAUCCAACCAGGAUUCCAGGCACGAAACAUCAAGCGCCUCGCACCUGUGUUUCAGGAGCAUGUUUAUGAUGCUAUGGACUACCUUGACACCUGUCUACAGCGCAGCGAAACCGCUCUCGUCGACAUGUAUGCUACAAUGAGUGCAGCUACCUUGGACGCGCUGGGCGACGGUGCCUUGGGCGUCAAGUUUGGGACACUGGCUUCACUGCGGUCCGAUCCAAACGGCGCGGUGUGUGAAGCCCAUCCACUCACAGCGGCCCUGGAGCGUGCUCAGUUCAUCGCAUCACAUCCAGGCUGGUUCACUGUGAUGGUGGAUAUACUGUCCAUGUACUUCCCAGCUCUGGAACAUAUUCCAGUGGGGCUAUCAUCGCGUGCUUUUCGACGCGCCACGCGCGUGCUUUUCGACUUGGCUGGUAAAGUCGUAGAUGACGCCAAGGCACGUAUCAAGGCGGGUGAGCCGAGUCCGGAUAUUUUGUCCGCCCUGUUGCGCGCCAACGCGAAUGCCGAGCGCGAUGCUGAGGAAAAGCGCAGUAUCUUGGACCGCAAUGUAUUGACGGAUGCCGAACUGCAUGCACAAGUGUCCACGUUUAUCUUUGCUGGUCACGAGACGACAUCGACGCAGUUGGCAUGGCUCUUCUUGUUUUUGGCGCAAGACCAAACGCGUCAGCAAACACUACGUCGUGCUAUUGUGGAAAAACGGGCGUCGCUAGGACUAGCACCCCAAGCGGGCUCAACAGGUGACCGCGCUUUGUCCGAGGAAGAGCUGGACGACAUUCCAUACCUCGAUUGGUGCAUACGCGAGUGUCUGCGUUUACAGAGCGCUGUCCACACGACGUCGCGCGUGGCAACAGAAACGGAAUGGAUUCCUCUUUCCAACCGAAAGCACGUUCAAGUCCAUCCCGGCAUGGUAUUACUGUUCCCUCUGUCCGCAUUCAUGACCUCGGAAGCAUACUGGGGUCCUGAACCAGACGCUUUCCGGCCUGAGCGAUGGUCCGAGCCCUUGCCUGGUCGAUCAGUCAUCCCUGCUCAUCAUGGCCUCUCAUUCCUCAUGGGCCCGCGGGCCUGUAUUGGCAGUUCUUUUGCCAUUCUUGAAAUGAAGGUGUUUAUCGCAUCCAUCCUGCCAUCCUUUCACUUCGAAUGGGAUGGUCGGCCUAUCGUGCCGAAAAUGUGGCCCGUGGCCCGUCCGUUGGAUGCCCAGAGAGGGGUCGAUGCCUGUGUGCUACAAAUUCGGCGGAUUUCUCGUAGUGGAGAAUAG